AUGAGAAUUGCUUUCCGCAGAUUCACCACUUUCUCUCCCAUUAGGAUGCCUCACAUUGACUCGAGUUUUUUAUUGAACCACACCUGCUUGAGGAUCAAGGAUCCAAAGGUUUCGGUUCCAUUCUACACCAAGCACUUUGGAAUGAGUUUGGUGAAAAAAUUGGACAAUCCAGAUUCUAAAUUUACUCUCUACAUGAUGGCAAUUGAGGCUGGAGACAACAAGGGAAAGCCAUGGACCGAGCGUGAUGGCGUGCUUGAAUUGUGCCAUAACUAUGGUACCGAAAAUGAUGACAAUUUUUCCGUGAACAAUGGUAAUGGCAGUGAACAUCGAGGAUUCGGUCACAUUUGUUUUUCUGUAGACAACCUUGAGGCCACUGAAAAGGAACUUUUGGACAACGAUGUCAAGUUUCAGAAGAAAACGGCCGACGGAAGACAGAAAAACAUUGCUUUUGCAUUGGAUCCAGAUGGAUACUGGAUUGAAUUGAUUGAAAACGGAACCAACAAGAAACCAGAUUGCACUGAUAAGUCCACCUACAAGUUCAAUCAUACCAUGGUUCGUGUCAAAGAUGCUCAAAAGUCGCUUGAAUUCUACACCAAAGUACUUGGUAUGGAUCUUAUCUCAACCUCGGUCCACGAGGGUGCAAAAUUCACCUUGUACUUUUUGGCCUACACAAAAGAUCCAAACUUCAAGCAAGAACUGGAAGAAAGGUCUCAGCAAGUUCUCAGACAAGGAAUCUUGGAACUUACUCACAAUUGGGGAACAGAAUCCGAUGACUCGUUCCAAGGUUACCAUAAUGGAAACAGCACCGAAAACGGCGCCAAAACUGGUUACGGCCAUAUUGCCAUUACCUGCGAUGAUGCAGCCAAAUUCUGCUCUGAAAUUGAGGAGGCAUUGGGUGGUAAUGACGAACAAUGGCAGGUAAAAUUCAACCAGGGCAGAAUGAAAAAUUUGGCAUUUAUCAGGGACCCCGAUAACUACUGGAUUGAAAUUCUUCCAUCCAAGUUUUAG